AUGCGUGGUUUCACCAAUCGGUCCCUGAAGAGCGUGGAUGUGGUUGCAGCCAGCGGCAGAGUCGUAGGGCGGCGGAAGGGCAAGCGCACGAGGGCGAAGGGCACCUACAAUUUCGAGGCGGCCAACGAUAUAGUGGGCAUUGUCACGCUCGAUAUACAGGGCGCGACCGAUCUACCUCGCCUUAAGAACAUAACGCGGACUGGAUGGGACAUGGACCCUUUCGUGGUCAUAUCAUUCGGCAAGAAGGUGUUCCGCACUCGCGUAAUCCGACACUCUCUAAAUCCUGUCUGGGACGAGAAACUUUUGUUCCACGUUCGCCGUUACGAAACGAACUUCAACGUGCAACUCACGGUAUUGGACUGGGAUAAGCUCACCUCCAACGACUACGUGGGCGAAGUCCAAUUCAACGUCUCCGAGCUACUCGGAGAUACUCCCAAAAAGGACGAGCUGACUGGGCUUUACGAUGCGGAGGAGCUCGAGAAGAGUCGUGUGGCGCGGGGAAAGGAAUUCAACUUGCGAUUGAAGACCGAGAAGGAAGCCGUUUGGGAAGCCAAGCAUAACCCCACUUUAUCCUUCCGGGCCAAGUAUCAGGCAUAUGAUGCACUGAGGCAGCAGUUCUGGCGCAAAUACCUCAAACAAUAUGAUGCCGACGACACCGAUACAAUAUCCCGACUGGAAUUGACGUCCAUGCUGGAUUCGCUUGGCUCAACGCUGUCGGCCUCCACCGUGGACUCGUUCUUUGCCUCGCAUGGGAAAUCGCCCGCCAGGGACGAGCUCACCAUUACCGAGGCUGUGCAAUGUCUCGAGGACGAGUUGCGUCGCCCCGAGGAAGAGCGCGAAAGGGUAGACUCGGCAGAUUACCGCCCUCCUGACACUGGAUUUGUCACGCCGACGAUACCAGGAGCGGUUGAUGGCCUUGGGCUCAGUCUGGCUCUUGAUAAGAUGAGCUUCGCUGGUCCUCCUGGAAACCUCGGUGAAGACGGGAUUGGGCCAUCCGUCGACCCCAGCGCUCAGUCCCCAGUCCUGGUUCAAACAUUCCCAACGGAACCUAGUGAGAUGGUACUGGGUGACCCCGCGCUGAACGGGCGUCGCGAAAAUAUCAAGGAUCGGAGGAGGGCUAGUGCGGAUCUUAGUGUUUUAUCGCCUCCUUCCAGGAGAUUGUUACGCCAGGAAGGGUAUUCGUCAGGAUCGGAGGCUGACUACGACCCCUCUCCUUCAACGACACCCGGCACAUCGAUAUCGCAUCCUCUUCAGCAGGGCCCCCCCUCCCCGAUCUUCGAACGAGUCAUCAACGUCAAGAACUGCCCGUUAUGCCAUCGCCCGCGCUUGAGCAAGAAAGCGGAGGUGGAUAUCAUCACACACCUUGCGAUAUGCGCCAGCCAAGACUGGGAUCGCGUGGACCGAAUCAUGGUCGGCAACUUCGUGACCCCGAGUCAAGCCCAGAGAAAAUGGUAUACGAAACUAGUCGGCAAGGUCUCCAGAGGAGCUUACCAGUUGGGAGCGAACUCAGCGAACAUCAUCGUGCAAAAUCGUCUUACUGGCCAGUUGGAGGAAGAAAAAAUGCAAGUUUACGUUCGUCUUGGCAUACGGCUACUCUAUAAGGGUGCCAAGAGUACCAUGGAAGGAGCCAGAGCUCGCAGGCUCCUGAAGUCAAUGACGAUCAAGCAAGGCAUCAAGUUUGACUCGCCGGAGUCGGCUCGAGACAUAAUCCCGUUCAUCCGAUUCCACCGACUCAACACGGAAGAAUUUCUGGAUCCCGUCGAAUCAUAUCGGACAUUCAACCAGUUCUUCUAUCGUCGGCUGAAGCCAGGUUCGCGACCCGUCGAGAGCCCGAACGAUCCUACACGCUUGGUCAGCUGCGCCGAUUGUCGUUUGAUGACAUUCGAGACCGUGUCGGAGGCCACUCGGUUAUGGAUCAAGGGGCGGGAAUUUACCGUAGGGCGGCUCUUCGGUCCUGGAUAUCGCAACUUGGCCGAGAGAUACGCUGGAGGUGCCCUCGCCAUCUUCCGCCUUGCCCCUCAAGAUUAUCACCGCUUCCACUCUCCCGUCGACGGUGUUAUCGGAGCCAUGAGCUAUAUUGCCGGAGAGUAUCAUACUGUCAAUCCUCAGGCAAUCCGAACAGGGCUGGACGUUUAUGGCGAGAAUGCGCGCAAGGUAGUGCCCAUCGACAGCCCUCAGUUUGGUAAGGUGAUGGCGGUAUGCGUCGGGGCAACGAUGGUCGGUAGUAUCAUCACCACCGUGCAAGAAGGACAGCAGGUGAAAAGAGGAGAUGAGUUUGGGUAUUUUGCCUUCGGCGGAUCGACGAUCGUCAUCGUCUUCGAGAAGGGAGUCGUCGAUUGGGACGAGGAUCUCUUAGUAAACGGCCGUGCGUCGUUGGAGACUCUGGUCCGAGUUGGCAUGGGUAUCGGGCGUUGCCGUCGCCCCAACACAAGGACGCAGUCGUCGACAAGUUGA